GUUCUCAUCAUCCCACAGUGUAAGAGAGAAAAGAAAAAUGUGGUCAGAAGAACUGCAAUGCUGCGUCUGUUGGAAGCAAGAACCCGUUUGCCUCGAACAAACGCACAUUCAAAUUCUUUAUUUUCAUCAUCCCAGAAAAGGAAGAGGAAGAAAAGAAAUGUGUGGUCAGAAGAACCUUGAUGCUGCGGUUUACAAGAGACAAGAACCCGUUUGCCUCAAACGCGCAUCAACGUUCUGUGUAUCAUCAUCCCACAAAGCGAGAGAGAGAAAAGAAAUUCAGACCAACUUACCAGUGACUGUUGAACAAGCUCGUAGAACCCUGGUUGAAAGCAAUCAGUAUCCGCAGUGGACUUGAAGUCAAAAGAUCAUGGGAGGAGAAAAAUAUGUGGUCAGAAGAACGUUAAUGCUGCGUCCAAUGGAUAGAGGCAAGAACCCUUGUGCCUCAAACGCACAUCAACGUUCUUUGUUUUAAUCAUCCCACAUCGCGGAAGAAGAAAAUUGAGAUUGCUUACCAGAGAAUGAUGAGGAGGAUCGCAGAGGCUCUAGCAGAAAGAAAGAGUCAGCGCCCGCAGCACGAUUGAAGCCACAACGAUCAAAAGGAAACCAAUUAUAGUCAGAAGAACCCUAAUUUCGCACCCACUGGAGACAAGAGAAGAAAGAGAAUCUUUUUUUGUCUCAAAGCGCACUCACGAGGCCAUCGUGUUCUUGUUUAUAAUCAUCCUAGAACGAGGG